ACGCGUUAGAAGGAGUAGACGGAGGUGUGUGUUGAGAGAGAGAGAGAGAGAGAGAGAGAGCGAGAGAGAGGUGAGGACGAGAAGCUGCGUCACGUCUCUCCUCCACGGCUUCAUGUAGUUAUAUGUCAUAUAUGACUUACACGACUUGACAGAGAAGUUUCGUCCCGCUGGACCCGCUGUUGAUUUUUGCUCUGCCUUUCUUUUGUUUACGACAUGGAGACAGAACACACCAUGAGUCUAAGUGCUGUCGUCCAACUGUGAGCGCCUUCACGUUCUUCCUGGUGGAUAUCCUUCCGUCUUAUCAAAGUUGAGCACAGGAGGAGAAGCGUACGCGCCACAAGGAGCUGCUGAGGGCCCACUUCAACAUGGUGAACAGCCAGGCAUCAGGCGUUCUGCCGGCUCCCAGGUCAUGUGCAGGAUGCGGAGGAAAGAUUGCAGACCGUUUCCUGCUCUUCUCUAUGGAUCGCUACUGGCACACCCGCUGCCUGAAGUGCUCUUGCUGCCAAGCCCAGCUGGGGGAUAUUGGCACCACCUGCUACAGCAAAGGGGGCAUGAUUCUGUGUCGGAGCGACUACAUCAGACUGUUUGGGCACAGUGGGGCGUGCAGCGCCUGCGGCCAGUCAAUUCCAGCCAACGAGAUGGUAAUGAGGGCACAGGGAAAUGUUUACCACCUCAAGUGUUUCAGCUGUGUCACCUGUAGAAACAGACUGAUGCCUGGCGAUCGGUUCCAUUACAUCAAUGGCACAAUCUUCUGUGAGCAUGACAGACCCAGUGCUGCCUUGCUCAACAGCCACCUGCCACCACUUCAGAGCAAUUCCGUGUUGGCAGACCAGAAGGUUUGCUGAGUGGCAGCAUGGAGCUCCCGCCUUUAUCUCCAGAGCUUCACUUCUCCUCACUGCUCACCCCUUCUCCCGCUACUGUCACCCAUGUUGUGGAUCUUCAUCACUGCCUUGCCUCUUCCCUAAGAGGGGACACUGUUUUUCAUCAAGACCUCCCACCUGUCUCCAUAUCAGACUCAAAUAUAGUGCAUAGGAAGUCCCAUUGAUCUUGUAUUUGGUGUUAAAGUGGUCUGUGCAUCAUGCAAAGGCUUGAAGCAAUGUGUGUUUGCGUGUUUGGACAACGCUGGCAGAGAGGCGUCUUCAGGACAAAAACAAAGCUGGAGGAUGAAAGUACCAGUACCAACUGCAAGAGGGGACAGAAGAAGCUUGAUGGACUGCUGUUACAUGACUGGUAAAACUUUGCUCAUGCCAUGUUGGCGUUGUUUCCCCAAACAAACUCUUGUUCUCUCUCUCCUGUAUGUGUACGUCUGAUAUUGUUCACACUGAGGACUGAAUGUAAAUGCAAACAGUGACAUUGUCAUAUGGAAACCGUUGAAAUAUUUUUUAAGCACUCGAGGAAAAUGUGACUCUACUGUUGCUGAUAUUUCUGAUGCCCUGUACAAAGAACUGAAGUCAUCCAGUGACGAUGCAGUGGAAUUUAAUUUCUAUUGUUCAGUGUAUGCAAAAACAUUUGGAAGACAAAAAUCCUAUUAAAAAUAAUUUUCCUGUAACUUGUUGCAACGUGAGCU